AUGGGCGUUUCUAUUACCACUUACAAGAUAAGAGGAGCCACGAAUAAAGAGGCUGCUACUAUGAUCGUAUCAGGUUUCACUGGGAUAGAUCUCUGCACUGACCUCAAGCUUAAGAAACAGCUUAAGAAGGAUAGUACUUCUAAAUAUGGACUAGGAACCUUCUGCCAAGACUACGGAUUUACCAGUCCUAGCAAAAGGUAUAGGAAGAAAUCCUCCAAACCUCGCAAGAAGGCUACCUCUAGUAAGAAACCCUUCAUAAGAGAAUCUUACAAGCCUAGUAGGAAGGUCAAACGCAAGACCGCUAAGGCUAAGGAUACCUGUUGGACUUGUGGCAAGACAGGCCACAGGGCAAAAGAUUGCAAGUCUAACAAGAAAAAGAAAAUAAACCAAUUAGAUCUGUCUGAAGAGGCUAGGGCUAGUUUAUUUUCUAUAAUGGAGGAUUCGCCUGAGUCUUCUGGGUCUUCAGAAUCCUAUAAUUCGUCCAGCGAUGACUACAGUGAUGAAGAAUUCAUCAAUGCCGCUUACGAGAUAGAUCAAUCCCAAUCCGACCAAGAAUGUGCCUGUGAUG